AUGGUCAAGAUGCUGUUGGUCAUCUUCAUCAUGGUUUAUCCAGGAUCCUGUGCUCUCUGGGUGUCUCAGCCCCCUGAGAUUCGUGCGCAGGAGGGCACUACUGCCUCCCUGCCCUGCUCCUUCAAUGCCAGCCGAGGAAAAGCGGCCAUUGGCUCUGUCACGUGGUACCAAGACAAAGUAGCCGUGGGGAUGGAGUUGAGCAACUCGACCCCAGGGUUCAGAGGCCGCUUGGCCUCUUUUUCGGUUUCCCAGUUCCUUAGGGACCACGAGGCAGGACUGCUCAUACAGGACACCCAAAGCCAGGAUGCCGGAAUCUAUGUGUGCAGGGUGGAGGUGUUAGGCCUGGGCGUGGGAACCGGAAACGGGACUCGGCUGCUGGUGGAGAAAGGGCCUCCUCAGCAAGCCUCCAACCCAGAGCAAGCAGCCCACACGCAUCUCCUCCUCCGGGCUGGAUUCUAUGCCCUCGGCUUUCUCUCCGUGGCCACGGGCAGUACCAUCUAUUACCAGGGCAAAUGUCCCUGUCACGUGGAAAACACCGCCACUCUUCCGGCAGCCUCCGAGGAGCGAGCGAUUCUAAAUCCCAAUGAGCCAGCACUCUCAAGAGGCCAGUAAUAAAUCCUUACCUGCUCCUCUCUCUCACUGAG